AUACUAAAUAAACAAAACAAGUUUUUAUUUUUCAUUUAUCUGUUUUAGAAUGUGACCUGCAGCUAAUCGAAGUUUCUGUGCUGGGACUAUUGAAAACUGAAUAUCAACAUAUAUUUGUUUUUGUUUUUCUUAUUUAGCUGUUGUUUUUAUUUUCCUAUCUGUUCAGCCCGCUGCUUCAAGUCAUAAUCUAGAAUGUUUCGAUGAUAGUAAUCUUUAGAUAAAAGAUCAUCACCCCAUUGAUAUUGGUCGCUCUCGAUAUUAAAGUUUUGGCUAUUAAAUCUCGUUGGCUCAGACUUCGUUUUCAAAAUGGUUGCAUUCAGCAAGCAUUAUUUACCAUUUUCUUGCUAUGAGGUGGGACACACUUGGACUCCCUUUUGUCCAAGUGCUUCAUCUGGUGUAGGUUUGUCAUGUUUUGAGGAGGGACUCAAAAUCUACUCAUCAGUUUACUUGUUAUCAGCCCUGUUAAGUGGGAAGUUACCUAAUAUUGCUCAGUGUAAAAGAAUCUUUUCGAGCAUAGUACAGUCAUCGUUUUUCCUUGCUUGUAAUGGAUUUUGUUUCAUUAGUGCCUUUUGUAUCUGCAGGAAAAUUUUUGGUCGGUUUGGAGUAUUAAGCAGUGGCUUUUUUCCUUCAUUCAUAGCAAAUCUAAUAGCAAUAUUAGUUGAAAGACCUACAAGAAGGCCUGCAUUAGCAAUUUAUGUCACCAAUGUGGCUUCUGAAACAAUCUAUAACCAGCUUGUAGCCAGAAGAUUCUUAACACCAAUUCCACAUGGAGAUAUUAUCAUAUUUUCUCUUACGCUAGCAGGCCUGUUCAGGUGGUUCCAGACCACUCAAGAUCGCAAUAAUUUUUUAUUCAAACUUCUAAGGGCUCUAGUUGGGGAAGGGGAAAUUAGGUCGCCGUCAAACUUACCCACGGUGAAAACACCCCUUGGUAAAGGCAUUUGGAAUAAAAGUCAUCCACUCUGUUCUCAUACUCAAGGGUGUCUUCAAAAUUCUUUUCAAGUAUUAUUCAAACGAUUCUUGUGUGGAUGGGGUCUUCAUGCUUCUGUUUCCGCGAUUUUGUCUUUCCCUCUUAUUAUGAGGAAACCAUCGAAUCUGUUGCUGCUCCUAAAGGGAAUGAAACAUGUGCGCUUCGGUGCUUUCAUUGCGUCAUUGGCUACAAUAUAUCAAGCUGUUUAUUGUGCCCUCCGCUGGCUUCAAGAUUCCAACAGAAAAAGUCACUCUAUUUUAGCUGGCCUAUUGGCUGGAAUAAGUGUAGGAUUUUAUAGAAAUUCAACACUUAUCCUUUAUCUUGCCUGGAAAACUCUUGAAGUGCUAUAUUAUGAAGGGAUGGAGGCUGGAUAUUUGAUGAAAGUACCAGGAUUUGCUUCUUUCUUGUAUAGUUUAUCUACUUCUAUUUUGUUUCAUGCAGCGGUAAUGGAACCUCAUAAUUUAAAACCUUCAUAUUGGAAAUUUUUGAUGAAGAUAACUGGAAGCAGAAUUUCACAACUAAAUCGAAAAUCGCUAGAUUGCUUGGGUCUUCAAAGUUCAAAAAUGUUGCCAAAUUUCAAUCCAGAAUAUGAAAGCAACCAUAUUAGUGAUCAGUUCAAACUAUGGCUUCAAGGUCACAAAGAUGAAUAUUAAAUAUAAUUAGAACAUUACAAUUCUGUAUUUUUAAAUGUUUAUAUUUCAAAAAUGUAGUCGAGAUAUUAAUUUGAACAGCGAACAUUUUCAGUUAUUAAAUGGCUGUACCACGCUCAA